GCGAGUCUCACUCUGCCAAUACAAACUAUAGAAACAUCCAAGACCAACUUCACGACAGGCUGUAGAUGGAUAUAGUUGUUUUGGACACAGAUCCACUGCAAGAGCAUUGCGCUCGCUGGCUUAGCAGUGAUUCCUUAGUGAUUUCUGAUUGCACGUUUCAAGUGUAUUUAUGGUAAUAGAUGCUUCACUUGAUUAAGGUCAGUUUGGGCUGUUUGUGCAAAGCGAUGGCAGGUCUUUGACUGUGUUGUUGGAGUUGGUGAACGUUUUAUUACUUCUCUGCACCCCGCUGAUUACUUCUCACAUCUGACUCAACAAUGAUCGCUGAAGGUCACGUUUCACCGCGACGCACUUGUCCAAGUAUUGUGCAUCUUUUCUUUAGCGACCGUGAUUUGAUUUACAGAUAACUUCUAAAUCUUAACCAAGCAAACCGAGACUGAAUCAAAGCAGGAAUGAUAUUUACUCAUGUGUUUUGACCGGUAGACUAGUUUUAGUCCACUUUACAGGCGAGAGAAACCGGACUAUGAGUUGGUUAAAACUUUGCUGUGCGCUCCUGCGGAUGAUCCAGUGAAAAGUGUCAAAUCAUAUGUAGUGUAAUCGUGCCAGCCUGAAGAUGUUAGGAAGUCCGUCAAAUAACGGCGGCAUUAGGAUGCUGGUGCCCCCGGCUCCGAACGACGACAGGCGAGUAGAGUUUGUGGCUCUCACCGCUGUUCACACGGAGAGGAGCGAGCCGUCCACCCCGGAGCGCGGGCACCCGUCUCACCGCACGGGUCUGCUGGGCACCCCGCUGCCCGGGCCGCCUGGACCUCGGGCCAACUCUUCCGCUUCAAGCAAACGCUUCAGGAAGUUGCAAAACUGCCUGUACAACGUGCUGGAAAGACCAAGAGGAUGGGCAUUCAUCUACCAUGCGUUCAUUUUUCUGCUGGUGUUCAGCUGCUUGGUGUUGUCUGUGUUCUCCACCAUCCCCGACCACCAGAAGUUCGCCAACCAAGGCCUCUUCAUCCUGGAGUUUGUGAUGAUCGUGGUGUUUGGGUUGGAGUAUUUCAUCAGGAUCUGGGCGGCUGGCUGUUGCUGCAGAUACCGUGGAUGGCAGGGACGGCUGAGAUUUGCCAGGAAGCCCUUCUGUGUCAUAGACUUCAUAGUAUUUGUGGCAUCGUUGGCAGUGAUAGCAGCUGGGACGCAGGGCAACAUCUUUGCCACGUCAGCCCUGCGCAGCAUGCGCUUCCUGCAGAUCUUGCGAAUGGUUCGUAUGGACCGACGGGGAGGCACUUGGAAACUACUGGGCUCAGUGGUUUACGCUCACAGCAAGGAGUUGAUUACAGCGUGGUACAUAGGUUUCCUCGUCCUGAUCUUUGCCUCCUUCCUCGUCUACCUGGCAGAGAAAGACAUCAACUCAGACUUUAACACCUAUGCAGACUCCCUCUGGUGGGGGACUAUUACUCUAACUACUAUUGGCUAUGGUGACAAAACCCCUCGCACCUGGCAAGGACGUCUCCUAGCUGCCGGCUUUGCUCUUCUAGGAGUCUCUUUCUUUGCUCUGCCUGCCGGAAUUCUGGGGUCAGGCUUUGCCUUGAAGGUUCAAGAGCAGCAUCGGCAAAAGCACUUUGAGAAGAGGAGGAUGCCCGCUGCCAACCUGAUACAGGCUGCAUGGCGUCUCUACUCUACAGAUGCUAAACACUCCUAUCUGACUGCUACAUGGUACUUCUAUGACAGCAUGUUGCCGUCGUUCAGAGAACUGACGCUACUGUUCAGUCACCUCCAGCGACAGCGUAACACCAAGAAGGUUCUCCACAACUCCUACCUCACGCUGCUGUCUGGGCUGCGGCCCUACAGCUCCCCCUACCUGUCGGGGGACAGUCAACUCCUUUCUAAAAAACGGGGUCUCUUCCGGAUUCACGGUGGCCGCAAGCAGAGCAGUAAAAUGGGCUUUCGGGAUCGGAUCAGGAUGAACAAUUCCCGAUCGUCCCAAACCAUUAGGAACAAGGCGUCACCACUGCCCCCGGGCUCCGGUGUCCGCCGCUCUCCCAGCCAGGAAAACGUGCCUGAGCCCACCAGCCCGGGGAAGGUCCAGAAGAGCUGGAGCUUUAAUGACCGUACACGCUUUCGUACCUCCCUCCGCCUCAAACCACGUCCACCUGCUGAUGUGGAGGGGGUUGGAGAGGACAGUGUGGAAGACAAACCAUAUUGUGACGUGGCCAUGGAGGAGGUAAUCCCUGCAGUGAAGACACUCAUACGGGCUGUCAGGAUCUUAAAGUUCCUUGUGGCCAAAAGGAAGUUUAAGGAGACGCUGCGUCCGUACGAUGUGAAGGACGUCAUAGAGCAGUACUCCGCUGGACACCUGGAUAUGCUGGGCCGUAUCAAGAGCCUGCAGAUGCGGGUGGACCAGAUAAUUGGGCGAGGAGCCGUUCAGCCUGACAAGAAAGCGCGCCCUGAAAAGGGAGAGAAGACGCCGCCAGAACUGGACCCACUGGAUGAACUAAGCAUGAUGGGACGUGUAGUCAAGGUGGAAAAACAGGUACAGUCUAUAGAGAACAAGCUGGACCUCCUGCUCAACUUCUACUCCCAGUGCCUAAAGAAAGGCUCGUCCCACUUCACCCUGUCCUCCCUCCUGGACCCCGACCUGACGUCCGACUACCACAGCCCCACGGACCAAAGAGACCUCUUCCCCUCCGCUAACACGCUCAACAUCUCUGAGAGCGGCAACUUGGAAUGACAGUGAGCGGAGCAGUCUCGCGGCUGUUCAAACACAGACACAAAACCCUUUACAGUACGUCUUCCUGCGGCUGAGUCCUCACUUCGAGCAGCCCGACCUUAACGUCAUCAAUCAUUUCAUAUCUGUUCGGGAUGAUCUUUUUACCCCUUUCCAUCUCAAAUCUGCACCCUCUCCUCUUUUUUCCUGAAGUGAAUGUGUUUCCAGAGCUGAUACAGACAGAGGCCACCAGAUGGCUCCCCCUGACAAGGAGCCUCAGCCAAAGCUGCUCACCGCACACGCCUCUCGACCCACUAGACGAGGAUGGAGAUGAAGAGAGGGCACAUGAACAUGUAUGACUUGACUACUGAACCACUUUCACAAACUCACCUCAUGCUAUAUAUAUCUACGCUUCCUUUAAAGCAUCCAACUGUAGAUAAUCAGACUUUAAGCUUUGACUUUUUGUAAACCUUUGGAGAAAUCUCAUCCCUUUUUUCCUCCCCUCGUCAUUUCUUUAUUUUCUUGGCUGCUUGAAUCAACUGACUGAGAGUUUGCUGACACAAGCAGUUGCUGCGAGUGCCAUGCCAGUCAUUUGUUCAGUACCUUAGGAUGGCUGUGAUGAAUGUAAUGGGUCCCACCUGCAAAUUUCACACCCUGACACAGAAAUAAUCUGCUCCCUCGGACCUCACCAAAACACCAAACCUCCACGGUACACCUUCGAGUUUUAAAUGUUUAAAUCCUGCUUAAAUUGCCCAAACAUGUCACAUGAAAACAGCUGGAAGAAUGCCCUGGAGUGAUUGUGUACCAUACAGUGUUUGUUUUCAUCUCCAUUCCCUCUUGGAUGUUCUGUCUCCAAUAAGCCCACUUGCAAAAAAAGUCCCUGUUUGUCUGGCAUUGAAGUGAGGAAUGUCCCUACUUAUUUAGGAUUAUUAGAGCCAAAAUGUCCUUUCACAGAUCCCUUCUUUGCAAUGUUUCAACUGUAUCUCCUAUUUCAGUAUUUCUGUUGUUUUUAACAUGCCCUUUAAACCUCUCUGUCUUGCAGCCCGCCCCCCGGACAUGCAUGUUACUGUAGAUAAAACCUCACUGAUCCUCAGUCAGAAUUUAGACACUGAUGUCACACUUUUCUGCACUGCUCCUCGUCACUCACGUCUAGCCUCAGGUCAGGUUUACCGUGUCAGUAAUACUUCCACUUUUCUCACAGGAAGAUCGUUCUUACUCUAACACUCAUUGGGCAUGUGAUCUCGCAGUCAGCAGCUGCGGAGAUGAUGUAGACACUUUCUGGCCAGUUUUAAACCAUGAACAACCUGUAAGGCGUCCAGGUCUAACGCAUGAAUUCCAGGCCAUUAUCCUCAUGAAUGCACGUGUCUUAGGAAAUGGUUCCAGCCUUACAGCUUCACUACAGACGGUGUGCAGGUUUGACACCCGUGGGUGUUACUGUGCACUCGUCUGUCUUUUCUGGUUCUUUCAUGGAGAUGUUUGAUGUGCAGUUAACGCUCUGUGUUUGUGGACAAAACUGGAGAGUGCUCAAAUGCACACACACACACACACACACACACACACACACACACAUACACACAGAUAUAAUGAAAGCAAUUCCUUUACUUAAAUACUUUGGCACUUGAUAAACAACACACCUUUUGUCUUUUUAUCUUUGUGUUUUGAUUUCUUUACUGUAAUUAAUGUUUCAUGCACUCGAUUUUGUGUAACCCACGAUGGCAAAAUUCUGUUUGUUUUUUUUUUUUAUGAUUUUGGUUGUUAAAGUUGAAUGUAGGAUUUAGGUUAACAUAUUUAAUUCAAUUAGAUAUGAUCUUUGAAAUAAAUGUAGCAUUUUUGUGGAGUUAAAUCAUGGAUGACACAACUGUAACGAUACACACAGCCGAUCAGGUUCACGCUCACCACUCGCAGAGCUCAUAUGUAUAUUUUUUUAACGUCAUCAGAUAAUUGCUGCCAGCUUCGACUGAGAAAACAUUCACCAUGCUAUAUUUGGCCAGUGAAAAGAGUUUCCUUUUGUCCCUGCAUUUAUUUGUUCCAGUCAAACCAGUUGACUCAGGUGCUCCGCAUUUCCAUUCAAGCUAAGACUUCAAACAGUGAAUGUACUUCAGUGAUCAGCCUAUUUAUGAUCUGAUGCCAUGAGGAAUAAAAUGGCACGUCAGAGCUUGCUCUUGGUCUCAUACAAUUUUUUCAUGCAUUUCUUAGAGAAAUUACGCGUAGCUUUAUGUGUAGCCUAAACCACUGGUUCCCAACCUGAAGGUCCUGACCCCCACUAGGGGCCGCCAUAGCUACAACGGGAUGUAACAAGGCUUUCUUGAUUUUAAGGGGUGUCAGAAAACGUAUAUAUUGUCAAACAGAAGACUUAUAUCUUAGCAUUUUGUUCAUUUCUGUGAAGAAAACUAAUUAAAUUGUUAGAUUUCAAGUUGAGAUUAUCAUUCAAGAUUAAAUUUAAAACACAGGAUAAAGAAAAUGAAGACUUGACCACAAGCUGAAUUCACAGAGCCUUCACUCGCUGCUAAAAGAGCUCAUACAACAAUAAGGUAAAACUUUAAUGUCACACACUGUCAGGGAUAAAUCAUGGACACCACUGCCACCGCUGGUUAAGAAAAGCGAUAGUGGACAGAACAAAGGACGAUCUGUGGCGCUUAGGGCUACAUUUAGGGAGGCAAAACCUCCGCCUUGAUUGAAGCAUCUGAAACUCAACACGGAGGGGAUGUUGAGAGUCUGAGCUUUAGAGAUGACCCUCUCUACAUACAGAUGCUGGAGGUUAUUUAAAGUAACACCAGUGAGCUUACAGCACAACUUGACCACUUUUUCCAACAACCAAACCAACAGACCAUGUUAAAAGAAAGAACAGACUCAAUAAAAGCAGAAUAGAACAAUUUCAUGAUUGUUGUAUUUACAUCAAAACUCCUCAGCUUCCUUAAAAAGAAUAAUCGUUGGUUUGCCUUCUUACAGAUGCUGUCAGUGUUCACGUCAAAAGUCAACUUGUCAUCUAAGACAGUGCCUAAAUACCUCAGAAAAUCAAUGAACAUCUCACUGGUCUUAGAUGCAUUAAUGUGGAGGAAAGACUGGUCACACCAGUUAACAAAUUCAUCCAGUGCUGGGCCAUGAUCAUAUUCUGAUCCACGAAGAAGGCUUACAAUAACAGAGUCAUCUGCGUAUUUAAGGACAAAUCUUGAUGCCUGAUUACUCUGACAUUCAUGUGUGUACAAACAAAAUAAAAGAGGAGUAAGAACACAUCCCUGAGGGGAUCCAGUAGAGGAAAAACAUGGGAGAGAGAAGAGAGAAGAAGGGACGGCAGAGGAGAUACUCACACACCAAUAUAACUGGGCUAGAAAGCCAGUUCUAUCAGUUGUUUUGUACUGUAAUUGUUAUGCACUGAAUACAAUCUAAAGUAUCCCUAAAAUAAGUCAGGGGUCAUCAUGACAGAAAAGGGGUCCAUUAAGGAAAAAGGUUGGGAACCAUUGGCCUGAACUAUAGCAGAGCUGCCUACUUAUCAGAGGCAUUAUUAAACCGUCACUUCAUCGUCACCUGCAAUGUUGAGCUUUGUGAAAACGUGAGACCACUGUAUUGCAUGUUGUUGUUAGCGGUGGCCCCAGUAUUAGAAGAAAAAAAACAAAACUUAAGGAUGUCUCCUGUAAAGUCUUGAGUCCAGACAUGAAAGGAAGCGACCUGUGCCUUCUAUGUCUUCGUUCUGUAACUGAUAUGGUGCGGCUUUCUUUCUCAAACUUAAAUAUUAAUGCUGCUUUGACGAGAUGGGUUUCAUAGGGGUAUUACAUGAGAAUAGCCAUGCCCUCUUUUUUUUUUUUUUUUUUUCAAAACCUUGGCCUAACUGAAGAAACACCAUCAAAAUCGUUCUGAAUAUGUAAUUUUUAGGGGUCUUUUAUGACUGCUGCAACCUUUGAUAUUUUCUGAGAAUAUUACUAUAUGUGUAGCAUAUCAUUGUAACUCUGCCGGGACCUCCUCGCAUUGACACCCUUACUGUAUUUUAACACCAGUCAGAUCUGGAGGCAUGGACAUUUGUAUCGUCACAGGAAAACUCUGCAGGCAUGUGUCCUUUCAUAAGCAUGUCACAUAGAGAAUAUGGCUUCCACACAACUACCUCUGAGGCCACUAGGGGGCGCUAGUCUAGAAAUCUGAGUAUGAGAAACAGUAACUGAUUGUCUAACUGACUGAAUGCUAUGCAUGACUCAAUCUGCACGUUCUCUUUUUUCACUCUGUUCUUCUCCACGACGCCCGACCAUCCAUCAACCACUGACUUGCUGCCAUUUGACAUUCCAGCUCGUUGCCCUUUAACUGCGCUCUUAGGUGUUGGAACUGUUGUUAAAAUGAAACUGAUCAAAGCAAUAAGCAAAACGCUAAAAGCCAACAAAGUCUUCCGAUUCCAAUUGAUGUAGCUACUGGUUGAUGAAAUAUGGCGCUCAUCUUAUUUUCUAAACUAAUGCACACCUCUAUUUGAUCUUUGAAAGAGAUACAAAAAUGUAUCUGCUGAGGAUUAAAUUAGCUCACUUGAGUAACUUAUUAAUUUAUUUGUUUCAAUAAAGCUCUUUGGACUGUA